GAGACCAAUGCAGUGACUUGUAAAACAAGUAAAUUAGCUAAUUGUAGGCUCAUUAGUUGAACUGCAACCAAUCGGAGCUCGCAAGCGGCUCUAACUUCCAAACGUAUCUUCACCAUUAGCAAGAUUUUAUGCUUGUAGCCGAAAUAAAUUUACGGUUCUUUUCUUCGUUUAAUUUCCCGUCAGACCGAAAGCAUCUGGCGAUAUAUCUCUUGCGAGAAAAGGCUACGUCAAGACUGAGGAAAUAGCAGGCUGAUUGUUGUUGAGGGGGAGGAUUAUAAGCGGAAGUGAGAUCACUAUCAGGCCUCUCGACUGGUGUUCACAUCACGUGGUCAAGGAAAAUAAUGGCGGACAUAAUGGUCGCUUCCAUGAAUAUCAUCAAAUGAAAGAUGUCUUGGAGAAAGUCCUACGAUUUUACUCCACGAGUGGCUGAAAAUGAAGUCGAUUCAUCUGACAGCGAUUCUGACCCGGGACCCGAAACGAUUAAAUUGUACCAUCGAAGAAAAUCAACAGUGACUGCAGUUAAAGCGAGGAGUUCUAUAAAGGAGGGAUUUUUGCAGAAACAAACAGGUUCAUUUCAGAGAUGGAAAAGGAGAUAUUUCAAACUGAGAGAGGGAAACAAGCUAUACUAUGCCAAAUCCAGUGAUGAAACACUAUUCACUGAAAUAGAUCUACAGGACUUCAGCGUAGCUGAAUCGAGCAUUCAAAACAACAACAACUGUUUUAAAGUCAUCACACCAUUUCAAAGUAUUAAUCUUAGUGCUGAUUCCAGAAAGGAAAUGGAAGAAUGGAUAGGCUGUUUAAAGUCUGUUGGAUCUCAUACCUCUUCUCAAUCAGAUUUGUUGGACAGAUUAUCUGGGGCUCACAAUUGGUAUUCAUGUUCUCAUGCAAAAGCUACAUUCUGUAAUGUUUGUCGUGAUGUAUUGUCUGGUGUUACAUCAAAGGGAUUGUCAUGUGAAGUUUGUAGAUUCAAAGUUCAUCGAAGAUGUGCUGUACGAGCAAGAAAUAACUGUAAAUGGACAACCGUACAGUCACUUAGAGGAGAAGAAUGUAAAUUUGAUGAAUCUGACCCUCUUUCAGUGCCUCAUCAGUGGCUUGAAGGAAACCUUCCUCCCUCUGCUAAGUGUGGAGUGUGUGAUGAAAUAUGUGGCAGUAAGAGAAGGCUUCAGGGAUAUAGAUGCCUUUGGUGUAAUUUAAUGGUUCACCAGUGCUGUCGAUCUCAAUCACCUCAAUGUUCCUUUGGUGAAAAUGCUUUGUUCACCUUACCUCCUUCUUCUGUUCUAAGUUCAUCUGGCUCCCUUGUAUGGAAUUCUGUUAAACCUUCUGGGUGUCUUCCGAUGCUUGUCUUUGUUAAUUCAAAAAGUGGUGAUAAUCAGGGUGUAAAGUUUAUUAGAAGAUUUAAACAGUUAUUAAAUCCACUUCAAGUGUUUGAUCUUGCUCUUGGAGGCCCCUCCAAAGGAUUGAAGUUGUUCCAAAAUUUUGACCAUUUUCGAAUACUGGUGUGCGGAGGUGACGGCUCUGUUGGGUGGGUGAUGAAUGAAGUCGACCGGAUGAAUCUCUCAACUCAGUGUCAACUUGGUGUUUUACCGCUGGGUACUGGAAAUGAUUUGUCGAGGGUUCUUGGCUGGGGAACCUCGUUUGAUGACGACACUGCGGUAACGCAGUUUCUGCGCCAUUUGGAAAGGGCCAAAGCAGCAGUACUUGAUAGAUGGAGUAUAAUGGUUGAAGAGAAACCCUUAUCCGCGUCUAGAAGUUCAUCGAUAGAAACAUUAGAUAUACCUUACAAACAUGAUGUCGACAUCAUCGACACGUUCGAGAACAACGUGGCAACACACUUAACAAGAAUACUACAUUCCAGCGAUCACUCUGUGGUCAUCUCUUCUGCAAGAGUGCUGUGCGAGACGGUGAAGGAUUUUGUGUCAAAAAUUGGAACAGCGUCAGCAAAUUCUGAUCCCUCUGAAGCAGACGAGCCCGACUCAUUGGCACAAAAGUGCACGAUACUCAAUGAAAAGUUAAACCUUCUCCUCAACACACUGAGUAUAGAGUCAGAGGCCCUACCCUCCUCCUCAAGGGAGGAAUUGUCAUCAGAGGGCGCAGGGAUGGCUGGGAAUGGAAACGGAAGACAGAAAGUAUUCGUACCCAAGGAAGCUCUGAUGUCGAGAGCGAACAGCUUAAAAAAAGCUCUCAAACAAAUUAUAGAGCACGCAGAACAAGCUGUGGACGAGCAGAAUGCUCAGACCAGAGCGUCGACAAGCUCCCUAGCGGAGGCCAUUGUAACUGUGGCCGCAUCGGCAGCCGGGGGAGUGGUGACUACUUCUACAGCUACCAUGGAAGAAGGAUCGGAACUUGUGCGAGAUAACGAAGGGAACAUCCUGGCCACCGGAGGAGAUCCCUCGGGGGAUGUAUUUACUCCGGAGUCUGGUUCGAGUUCCCAGGACAAUAGACUUAUCGAAGCUGACCCCAGUCCUUCCACCUGGGUUUCCUCUGAGCAACGCAAGUCUCCGAUAUCUCGUUGCAUCAGCCGGGGUAGCGCGCUUCCGUUCAGUUUUGAGUCACCAUUUGACGAAAAGCUUUUCGCAGCAGGUGGCAAACCAACGGUCCACAUUGGUGGUUGUAUGAUCUCCAGAGCAUUCCUCAAGGAGAAACCCAGUGAAGGAUUAAUGGGAGCGAUUGGUCGAGCAUUGCUGGCCAAUGCAGAUGCACUGUGUGCCGCAGCCACGCCUAUGAUGAACAAUGUGUUUGACGUUGAGGGAUAUACGGAGAAAUGUGUAAUGAACAACUACUUUGGAAUUGGACUGGACGCUAAGAUUGCACUGGAUUUUCACACCAGAAGAGAGGAGCAUCCCGAAAAAUUCAGGCACCGAGCGUUAAAUUUACUAUACUAUGGCUUGUUGGGGGGAAGAGAGCUCUUGCAGAGAACACACAAGAACUUAGAUCAAAGGGUGAGACUUGAGUGCGACGGACACAAAAUCAAUCUUCCAAGUCUUCAAGGAAUUGUGGUGUUAAAUAUAACAAGUUAUAUGGGUGGUGCGAACUUCUGGGGAACAGGGCGAGAUGACGGUUUUAACGAGCCUUCUGUUGACGACAACAUCCUUGAAGUUGUGGCAGUUCUUGGUGCACACCAGAUGGGAAUGUGUAAAGUUUUUGGAGGUAUGCCACAUCACCGGAUCGCACAGUGUCGGACUGUAAAAAUCUCCAUAUUUGGUGAAUCAGUGCCAGUUCAGGUGGACGGCGAGGCCUGGAUGCAACCUCCGGGAUAUAUCAAAAUCGUCCACAAAAACCGAGCACAGAUGUUGGUCAGAGACAGAGAAUUCGAGUUAACAUUAAAAGAAUGGACAGAACUCCAAGCGGAGAAGAUCAGUCCCUGUGUAACGAAUGCUCAGGCAGAAGUGCUGACCUCCCUCGUUCAGUGUCUCAGUAUUUUUGUCAAUUGCGUGAAAACCACGUGUGAACCGCAUGAAAAGGAUCUUCGAGAGUUAAUUACCUUGGCGGAAUCUUGUGCUAGCUCCUUAGAAAAACUCGUGCUGGAUGGCGGAAAAAUUCCCGAGGCCCCAAGUCGAGGUCGUAUUACAGAUCUUGUGACGACCGGGAGGGCAUUGGUUCAAUCGAUAACUUAUUUCCUCCAGUUCGAGUUUCCAGCUCUUGAACCAUGGGGAGUUGAGGAGGUCGGGAACUGGUUGGAAAGCCUGGGACUGUCGGAAUACAAGGAAAACUUUGAAAGUCAUGACAUCCGGGGCAAUGAGCUGUUAAAUUUAACCAGAGGGGAUUUGAAGGAACUGGGUGUUACCAAAGUGGGGCACGUCAAGCGCAUUCUACACAGUGUAAAGGCUCUAUGCGGGGGGGUGUCUCCUAAGUCAGCGCAAAGGAUUGAACGGACAGCGAAAGCCGAGGAGAGGGCUGGACGGGGGAAGAGGACAAUUGAAAAGGAGGACAGCCAUUGAAAGAGGGCGAGAAGAGACUGGGGUGGAAAGAUACUUGAAAAUUUGAGCCUCUGUGAAGUAAGGUAAAAGAGUUCUAUUUAUUUCAGCCAUUUGACGAAGAAGCUCCAUCUUACGUUGUGGCUAAGUAACAUGGGAGAUCUUUGAAACAAGGUAUUUGUAAGAAGGCGAUAAGAGACUGCCUUUUUGGAGUGGAAAAAUCCUUGAAUAUUUGAGCUAUUGUGAAGUAAGGUGAAAGAGUUCUAUUUAUUUCAGACAUUUUGCGAAGAAGUUCUGUCGUACGUCGUAGCUAAGUAACUUGAAAGGUCUUUGAAACAAGGUAUUUGUAGAAAGUAAUUGACCUUACUAGACACACAGUCCUCCAGAAAUGAUCACUGGAAAUUCUGUUUUAAUAGUCUGGCGAUGGAGGGAAUCAAAUCAAAUGACAUUAUAUUGCGUAUAUUAUUCCUGUUAGGAUAAUAACUACAACCAUAAGUUAUCUAUUGUAGCUGUAUUGGAGAAGUGUCACUCUAAGAGGUAAACGAUUCCAUGAAGGACAACAAUAAUCUAGAUCUUGUCCUACAUUCGAAUUAAUCGAUUGACAUAAGUUAAACUGAAGCAAAGUAGUUGGGAUUUAUACUAACGGAUAAGAGACGAAUUGUUGAUUCAUAGAUGCGAAUACCAAGUUUUCUGUUAAAAGCUCCUUUUUACCGGUUGCCAAGAAUAUUUUGACCGUUUGUAAAUUAUCCCCCAAUUCGAGAGUUCGAGUAAUCUUGUAUUUAUAUCUGAGAAUGACUGAAAAAUUCAACUAAUUUUCUAGAUUUGAAUGAGUGAAGCAACAAUUUUUUUAUAGCGUGGUUACUUUUUAAAUAGUGCUUUUAAUACUUUUUAAAAGUAUUUCUUUUUCCGUUUUCGUUAUGGUGAUGUUUUUUUUCUUUGUUUUAUUUUUUUAAACCAUGAAGUAUAUCAGGGUUGAAAUACUUAGAAUUUCUCAGUAAGAAACAAAACGUAAUUUCCCAUUAUUGCAAAAAGAAUGUUGGCAGAAGAUAUUUGAUGAUACGAAAUAUUGAAUGCAAAAUCUCAGAGAAGAUGAAUUUGCGCGGUUAAAAUAUCAGCGAUUCGUGUUGCAAUAUCUGCAUUACAUUUUGAAAUUGUAUGGAAGUGAAAUUCUGAUAAAUUUUCUGAUCACGCUGUUGUGUAUUGCAUUUUCGAAAAAUGUCCUUGCUUUUGUGUAUUUUUCAUUCGAGUGGAUAUUUAUUUACAAUUACCACAAGUUUAGGAUAAAGAAAGUAGUUGUUUCAGGUAAUGAGUCAUUCCCAAAAAAAAAUUAUAAAAUGUAAAUUAAAAAUUACCUCUUUACCUUUGAUAUCGGUAAAAUAACCGACCCAGCCCCACAGUUUUUUCAGAAACCUACCCCGUUUGUUUCCCGUUAGCUGCCUUGUGGGAACAUUGCUUAAGCCCAUUGUGUUUGCAGAACAAUUUAUAUUGUCAUUUUCUGCUUGUAAUACUUCCAGUGUUUUUCAAAUUCUCUUGCGCCCUGCAACACUGAAUUAAGGUAGGCAUAUUGUAGUUUCUAAAAGAUAAACGUCUCACGUAGCUCACUAGAACAAAACGUUUGUCUUUGCGCAUUCCUGUCAAUCCAGAGAGAGAGAUUGGCGACGAGCUUUGACCGGAAAUGACGUUUCCGUGGAGGGUUUAGAAGUGUCGAGUUUUCUGAUUGGCUUUUGACUGAUCAGCAACAACCAAUCAAUGUCUCGUAUGAGUAAGUGGGAGAGAUCUGUGUUCGAGGUCUCCCCUAUAAAUUAAAUUUAACGCGCGAAAGAAGGGGUUUGUUCACUUAGAUAAAAAAUCAAAUAAAGCUUUAAUAAAUAUUAAACUUCUUUGAGUGGUCAGGCAACCAGCUCAGCUGUUGUACAGUGAAGUAUUAGAGACAUGAGAGAAAUUCAAAUGUUAUUAAUUUUGUAUAAAAUGUAAUCGAGAAUAGAAAAUGACCAUACGAGUAAAUUCUGUAAAACAGAGAAGAAGAGUAUAUUUAUUAUUACAUCGUUGGAGUUCUUUGCGUUAUAAAUACGUGUAGUUUCAGUGAAAGACUUACAGUGUGUAGUGUCAUACCAUGUUCACUUCUAUCUCUGGUGGCCAACAGUUUGUUUCAUGCCAAUUUUGCUCUGUUUGAACGUGGAUUUGCCGAACAAUAUGCCUCGUGUUCUUUCAAUUGCCUUGUGCACAAGAAGCUCAGUACACACUCUGUUAGCAAGUUCUACUUGUUAAGCGUCGAGAGAUUGCUACUCAAAAACGAGAACUUGCUCGCAAGCCUUGUAGUUCGUAACCCUUAAACUCUCAGGAAUGACUAACACAGAAUUUCUCCUUACAAUAUCAAUACAAUUCAAGCAGACAAGAGAUGAGAAUAAACAAAAAUCUAAACUAGGGGAUUACUAGUUGAUCUAAUUCCAAAUUCUUCGAACUAACAUUAUAAGAAUGGAAAGGCAGAUUGUAAGGAGAAUUAUUAAUGAGAUCUAGGGAGUUCAAGGGUUAAUGUGGACCACAUACAUCUAGUUCGAUGAUUUGAAACUCAUGUACAAACCAAUCAGAGUUGGCUUGCAAGAAACUGUUGGCUCUACAUCUGGUAGAUGAGUAGAAAAAUGGCUUUUUGAAUAGGUUUUUUCAUAAAGAUAUCUUUGGGUCAGUAUCGCAUGAUCGCAAGGUAAUUUCGCGAUCCUUGUGUACCUUAAAUGGAUACUUCGUUAUAAAACCUUUCUUCAAGGAAAAGAAAACGAAUUUUAGUUUAAAUGAAGGAGCUGCCUCACGGUAUUUUAAUUCCUUUCUUUUGCGUUAAAAAUUGCCUUUGAAAGAAAAGGAAAGAACUGGGCAUCAGUUCGAUUGAGUGUCAAAAGUAAUCAGGGACCACUGAGGUUUUGCUUUGCUUCGUCCUGUGAUUGGUGCGAAAAACUCAACUUAUCUCCUCGACCAAUCAGACGCAAGACUAAAUCGGUUGCAACUCGGACGCUUGCGUUUUCCCGCGCUCGUUUUUAGUUCUGAUUGGCUUCUUGUGAUAUUUUCCCGUUGUUCUGAUUGGUUGUCGUAAUUUCUUUGGUUUUGGUUUUUUACGACACUCCAUCGAAGUGCGUUCCAUUCAAAUAAUCACUUACUAGUGCAGAAAAAAAGAAAAAAAAGCAGAACAAUGAGAAUAAACGAAAUAGAGUUACAAAUAGGGAAAAAAUGGAGAAGAUCAACACAGAUUGUAACUCUGAAUUUUUCAAGAUGCUCGCUAAGUCAUGAAGUAGCUCCUUCCUUAACUGCAACAUUAAUUAUCCUCAUUAGUUGUUUAUAUCUUAAGCUAACAGCAACGUAAGCAAAGUAAUGGACUGACCCUGACCCUUUAUGUUGGCGAGCAACAAGAUUGAAAUUUUAUUAGCUGUCUUGUUACCAUUAACCAUAAAUAGUCUACAAUAAAAAUAAGCAAAAGAUACUUGCAUCGCA